GUUUGAAACACCAUCGUGCGGACAGGAUAAUUUCUGGAACCACCAAACAUUGUGCCGUUCGGACGGACCAAGCCAUGAAUUCUUGCAUCAGCCGGAGUCUACGUUAAAAAAUGAAGUUCUUUCAUGUGUUGUAUGCACUUAAAUGGGACCAAAAUUGGUCCUUGGCCGUGUGGAACUCGUUUGACUUCAAAUAUAUUUUCAAACCUGGAAAUCUUGUAAAUUCGGGGGCCUUUGUUGCCACCUUCUUAUCAUAACAAACCAGCUACUUCUGAGGCGAAACAUUAAUAGCGACCAGUCAGGUAAAAGUUGACCUGUUUGCGAUGUCCAAAAUCCGGAGCAAGUUCGAAGAGUAUUCAAGUUCAAGGAAACAAAAAUGGCUUGAGUUUUGUCGACUCACCAGCCUUCACGGUUACGGCUACUUAUUCAGGGAAAAUAAGCCUCUCAGUCACACAAUUGGAUGGGUUAUUGUAAUCAUUGUCUCCUUGAUAUGUGUUAGUAUUCUGUUAUAUAUGAACAUUGACGAAUUUGUUCGCUCCUCCGUCUCAUUCAACCUGGAAUCUCCAACAACACCGUUAUCCGAAGUCUACUUUCCAUCCAUCGUCAUUUGCAACAUGAAUAAAUUGCGGAAAUCUUUCAUCUUUUCAUUGUUAAGAGACCCCAAAUUGUCUCAAAUUCCUUACCAUGACCUUCUCCGAAUCAUCGAUCAAGUCUUCAUUGAUGGUCGGACUAACACUACAAAUCAAGCCUUGUCCGAAGAAGAAGGGAAAAUCAUUGACUCUAUUCUUCAAUCCAGGGUUUAUGAUGACCUUUUUCAAGAAGUUCUCAGUCAGGCUCUCAAACCGAAUGCCAGUUUGGGCAAUAUUCCCAUAGCCAAAUGGCAUAUUCUCAAUUUAGUUGAUAUCAAUGAAGACACCAUUGCGGAAAUCAAACGAUCCAGUGUUGUUGAAGCGGCCGCUCAAUUCAGGGAUGAGGAAAUGAUCACUCAGGUUGAUUUCGCCGGCUAUGGUGCUUUUUAUGAAUCUCGAUUUACUACAGACAUUUCCGAAACCUGCGUAUGGUUUACUCCAUUUUGGGAACGACCAAGCGAUAUGCAUUCAUUAGAGACUGUUAAAAAAUCUGUUCGCAAUGGGGCUAACAAUGGAUUUCAAAUUUUAUUGGAUGCCGAGUCCUAUGACUAUGCCUCGAGUGCAGCUGGAACAGAGGGAUUUUCUAUUGCUAUUCUUCAUCAACUGGACAUUCCCAUAAUGAAACACUCGGGGGUUCAAAUCGAAACCGGCCAAUCCGUUCAGAUUGCCGUUACGCCCUCUUUGAUUGAAACAACGAAUCCUUGUAAAAGAAGGUUUACCCCGGAGAAACGUCAAUGUUACUUCAAAGAUGAAAUCAACCUCCGACAUUUUCCUUCAACUCUUGGUUACAGAUAUGAAAUGUCCAAUUGUCUUUACGAGGCUACACUGCAAAAGGUUGAGCGAGAGUGCGGUUGUACCUCAGCACAAUUCCGGUAUGAACAUAUUCAGCCCCAGUAUCCAUCUUGUGAAGCGGCCAACAAGAAAUGUAUGAAUGAUCUGAUUGAUCUCAUGGGAACAGAAAGAACCAUUGAUGAUGAAGGAGUCAACAAGCCUUGUUUAGCAGCUUGUGAAGACCAGAAGCACAGUUUGAUGGUCACAUCGGCUGGGUAUCCAAAUGCCGAAUCAUUUUAUUUGUGUCCAGAUUUUUGUCUUGUUUUGAGGAAGCUCCGAAAAUCAUGUACUGGAGAUCGGAUUGAGAGCUUAGAAGAAUGGGACGAGGAGUUAUGUUCCAUCAUAGAGUCCAGUGGAUCCUUGGGUUGUGAGAGUCUCCAAAAUAAUAAGGCCACGAAUAUAAGUAAAGCCAAUCUAGGGAAAAUUCGCCGCAGUGUGGCGUAUUACGCUAAGCGAAAUAUGGCCAGAGUAAAUAUCUUCAUCCGAGAUCCGUAUGUCCAAAGAUUUCUCACAGAAGAAAAAAUCACAGAGAUCAGCUUUGUUGGGAACAUUGGAGGACUCUUGGGACUGUUCGUGGGUUUCAGCUUUAUUAGUGGGGUUGAAUUCUUAUAUUAUUUCUUUGUGGUCGGAAACUGCACCCGACGAAUGUGGAAGGGCUCCGAGAAACACGUGGAACCAGAUAAAGUAAUCAAUCAAAAGGAUACAAUUGGUCAAUGGACAGAUUUUCCUCCAUUGGGCAAAAUGGAGUCACACACCAGCUCGGCUCAAAGUAUUCAUGUUUUGUUUAACAACCGCCCAAAGCUGAUACAAGUCAAGGACAUAAUUCCAUUUGAUAAAUAAAAAUAAAAAUAAUAAAAUCAUGCCACCAGUGUCAAUUUUGUCUUCUUGUUUUAAAUCGGGUAAACAGAACGAUUCACUGAUCCAAAAAAGAACUUGCCACAAUGGUGAAUUGGCACAUAGGAAGCCCCACUACAAAACAAAGUCCAAUUCAUCAAAGGGUUAAAG